GCGGGGAAGAAGUCAGGCUGGGGGAGGGGCAAUGAACGACUGUCACUGAAGUGUCACGCUGCCCUUUCCUUUCCUUCGCCUGUGUGUGAGUGUGUAUAUGUGUGUGUGUGUUGAAGCGUGUGUGCUCGAGAAAGAGAGUUCUCGGAGCAUCUAGUCCCCGGACGGAGAGGCUGGGCUGCUGAGCGCUUUCUCCAAGAGCCGGGUGGAGGACGCAGCAGCAGCCACCCUGCCCCUCGGCUCUCACCACCUGUGAGCUAGGAGGACCCCCGGCAGCGUGGACUGGAGGGCGCGUACAGCCCAUCACCUACCUCCCCAGCAGCCUCCCGUAAGCCCCUCUGCGUCCCAGGGAGCUCGUAGAAGCCAUGGAGCAUCCCCACAAAGAAGGGGAGACGGCGGCGGCGGCGGCGGCAGCCGCAACGGCUGCAGCCGCGGACCCCCGGGGAGCAUCCUCGUCCAGCGGGGUAGUGGUGCAGGUGCGAGAGAAGAAGGGCCCCCUGCGUGCAGCCAUCCCCUACAUGCCAUUCCCCGUGGCAGUCAUCUGCUUGUUCCUCAACACUUUCGUGCCGGGACUGGGUACCUUUGUCUCUGCCUUCACUGUGCUUUGUGGAGCCCGGACUGACCUCCCCGACAGGCACAUAUGCUGUGUCUUCUGGUUGAAUAUCGCUGCAGCACUCAUUCAGAUUCUGACAGCUAUUGUGAUGGUGGGCUGGAUCAUGAGUAUAUUCUGGGGAAUGGAUAUGGUCAUUCUUGCCAUUUCCCAAGGCUACAAGGAACAGGGCAUCCCACAGCAGCUGUGAGCCUCAGAGCCACCAGCAGGGAGUCCAGAAGAGACUGUGUUAAGCAUCUUUGGGCCAAAGACCUUGGUGUUUUCUCUUCUGGUUUUUCAUGGGUUUGGUGUGGGAUGUUUUUCUUUUGGUGAGGGUUUGGGGAGGGAUAUUUUUUUAAAAAAAUUAUUUAUUUUGAAAAACAUCUGUUUUUCUCAGCAGGCACUGGGGGCUGCUUCUCUUUUGUUGAAUCUUGAGAGAGCUGAAGACAAAGGCAUUGUGGGAAUGGGUGAGGGACUCUGAGAUAUGAAGAAGGGGGCUCUGAAAGAAUGCCCCAGAAAGCCCCCUGGGCUUUGGUAAAAGACCUAUCUCUGUGGAGGUUUUAGAUUAGUAAUUAUUGUAGGAAUAAAAAGCUAUUUCUCUUCCCUAUUGAUAGCACCAGAGCUGCAGAAACAGGUCAAGAAAUAGACAUACAUUCAUUGUAAGUUAAGGCUUAAAGGAAGUUUUUAUGCUGGCCAUCUGCAAAUGUUCCUGGCCUCCCAAAGAACCCCAAUUUGUACAUAGAUUCAAACUCUUUUGAUGGUGAUCAGAGGGCUUUCAUUUUCACCAGCACCAGAGCUGGGAAGGGUCUGUGACUUAAUUCAAAAGUCCCACUAGUGGGGCAGCCCUCAUCUUUGUCAAAUACCAGUCACAGGUGAGCCUCAGAACACAGUUUAAUGUUGAAGAAUGGCUAGAUGCAUGUUGUUUUGGGAGUUUUAACUCCUCCUCUCAGAGAAAGAUUCAGACAUGACUGAAAUACAGCUGAACAGUUCCCAGUCCUCCGUCUUUUCCUCACCUUACUCUCAACUAUACCAUAGGUAUAAACGUGUACAGUAUUGUGAUUUCAGUUUUCCUAGUUAUCAUGGGCACAAUCCUAAUCUGAUUAAGCCAAGAGCCAACGCUCAGCUCCUCAUGGCUGUCAGGGUGAGGGGACCUAUUCUCCGGGGAUCACGGGAGAACCGAGUCCCUUCCUCAAUACUUUAAAUUAAAAAUCUUUAUACUCUCAGCCUUAAUGGCAGCAAAGGAGGAAUCAAUGUUACAUUCCAUUUGGCCUUUAACCAAGAUCCAAACUAUAGGGCAAACUGAAGUGGGGAGCAUUCUAGUCCAUCUACCUGUCCACUAGGCCAAUUUCAUUCUUACUAGGGAAAGUAGAAUUUGGGCUUUACCAGACCAAGUGUCUCCUUGGCACUUUUAAAUAUGCAUAGUACAUAGUACAUAGUACAUAGUAAAAAUGCAUAGUACAGUCAUCACCACCAUUUUUAACUUCAAGCCUUGACUUGUCAUUGGAUUUCCUUUUUUUUUUUUUCAUUUUUCAUUUUCAAAGACAGACUCUGGAAUCUCUUUUUUCCCCCUCUUGCCCCCCUUUCUCCCUCUUAGUUUUCUGAAGGCGCCCUUUCUCUUUCAUUUCAGGAAGGAGUUGAUCUGGGGUUGAUUGGUUGGGUUGGGCUAAAUUGUUGUGACUUUUGGUAAUCCUUGAUGGUUUCCUUCUCACCAAAUCAAUCUCCCUAACUUUGGGGUUCCAAUCUUAAGUCUUGUUUGGAUUCAACCACCUGCCUGAAUUUCUUUGUGCUGAAAAAAUUGUGCUUCAUCCAAGAAGUGGUCUACAGCCAUUAGUUCUAUGAAGAGCAUCCUCCAAGCUGAUGCUCAGAGUGGGUUGGUUGCUCUCUAGGAAGCUGAGUCAAGGAGAGAGGCCUCCCCCGUAAUCAGAUAAAACAGCUUCAGCUAAGGAAAAUAAUGGAUUGGUGCCGCCCACUCCCACCCUCCAGCCCACUCCCCUUCCACCUCAGACUGCUCUCGAGGAGGCUGACUGACAGUCCGGGUGGAGAGAGAGAAAGACCUCAGAUGGGGGCUGGCUGCCUCCACAGACAAGAGAGGAGGCUGGGAAAACUCUGCUUCCUUGGCCUUGGACGGGGGGUAAGGGCUGAGGGGGUGGAGAGGAGACAGCAAAUCUUGUAAUCUAUGUGAAAAAAACUGAGCAAUCCAGCAAACAAGUAGGGUUUCACUGAGUGACAGGUAUCAUCAGGAGCCUGAGUGGGAUGAAUUAGCGCAGGCACUCAGUGAGCCUUAGUGCAAUUACCCAUUUGGCAGCCCCUGAAGACAGGCAGGUCUUUUUCCCAGGAGGGCUCCUUUUUGAAUCAGAGAAGUUAACCCUGCAACAGAAAAAUGUCCAUGUAAUAAUUGAUGACAAGGUAGUCCAGCAUUGAUGCAGAAACUGUGAAAAUGUCUGCUACUGAAAUCCGCCUUAUUAGGGGGAUGCUACCGAAAGUAAUUCACUGAAGUCAGGUCAUCAUCCCAGGUCAUGAUCUCCAUUAGACAAACAAUUAUGAAUAUUUAUGUCAAUCGGAAUCUGAGCCAGCCAGGCAGCCUGCAAGAGGACCAGUCCAUUAUCAGAUAUGUGAGCUAAUUCAAAAUCAGAUUACUUCUAAGAGAAAAUAUAUACCUAAUGAGUAACAGUACCCAGCUAUGAUUAAGCCAGGUUCUGAUGGUGCCAUAGCAAAAAACAUUCAGUUGUCUAGGAUUCUGAUCAAACAUUUUAGAUUGCUCCAGUCAUCAAGUCAAAGUCUAACAGAAUAGGAGACAUGACUGAUGGGGUAUCUCCAAGGCUUGGAGCCCUUAGCAUAUGAGAUAUCAGAUAAGUAAAUCUCAGGCUCAGCAAGGUAGGUGUUUGAGAACGAGACACAAUCAUUUUUAGGUUCUUAAAGAUCCCCCAUUAUACACUGGCAAAAGAAUAUAUCAGGGAAUAGAGUAUUGACCUGCACAAUUCCUUAUGUUCCCUUUGGUGUAGAAUCUUGAUUUCAUGUUAUGAUACAGUAUGAAGCUGGUAUCUUCAUUUUAUGGAUAGGGAAUUAAGUCACAUGGGGAACAAUCAGCAGAAUGGACAGACACCUUGACUUUCUUCUGUGUCAUCAUAACUGUAUUUGGAAUGCUUUUAUUAAAUAUUCACAUGCAAGUGAUACAAUGCUAAAUGUUCAAAGAAUUUACCAACACAAAGCAAAUGACUGCUUUUCUAGACUAUGCUACCUCAGGGUCAUCAAUAUUACAACUCUAGUUCUGUGCUCUAUAAGGAAACUUCUUUCACUUCUCAAGGAAGGUUGUCCCACUUUAUGAUGCUUUGUGAUUUAAAAAAAAAUCUAACUCAACAGUGACCAAUAAUUGUGACUGUUUCUUUAUUUCAUGCAGACUAUGGUAGAUAUUACAUCCUCUUAGUCCCCCAAGUCCCACUUAGGCUUCAGAGAUAGGUGAUGUCUGAGAAAGCUAGAUGUCAGUCACACUUAAAGGGGUCAUGGAAAAUGUAAUGAAAAUGGUUUCUUUCCUGCUGAUGCCCUACCACAGAAAUGCAGAGAAGAAAUGAGAAGGGGAUAGGAGAGAAGAAGAAAAUAAUGAGAACUCAGAUUUCUGUAGGAAAAGGAAUGUGAAAGAUAUUUUCUGGAGUGAUACUUACCCAAUCAGAAGGGGAAAAAAUGGAAUGAAAUGAAAUCUUACCCAAUAAGAACCAGAGCAAUAUUCAACUCAUUUCUUUCCCACUUCAAGGACUCUCUGCAACCUUUACUCAGGAAUCCUGUGCCAACAUUCAGUUUUUCAGGACACAAGACAUAAAAUAAUUUUUCCCUCUAUUAACAAAAUCCUUAAAAAUAAAUUCUUGUCCUUUAUCCAAAAGUGGAAAAUACUGACUUGAAAUUGGAAAUGGAUGGCAAUCAAUCAUCUGCCGCCUUAUAUUCUGCUUCCCAAACUCUCUGUGUCAAAGUCAUAGAAAGGAUGAGUUCAUUAAUAACUUUUAAAGCACUCUGUAGAUGAAAAACACUAUGAAGUUUGAGAAUCACAAUCUGGAAGAAAAGGAACAGCAGGGAGAAUGCAUGCUGAAAGGAAACAGAAUUAUCCCCUCCAUCCCCAAUAUCUACAGAAUUAACAUUUCUGCCAGGAGGGAACAAAGCACGGAAGGCAUAAAAGCUUUCAGCCUAGCCAGAGACCUGAUUUUCCUGGAGAUGAAAAUAUUUGUUUGAUGACAGGGUGCAGAGCAAUAAUUUAAGGAGGCAUGGAAUGUAGGGGAUCCAGUAAGAAGUUCUUCAAACUCCUGAGGUUUGAAGAGGAGGGAAAAACUUAUUGGAUGAAAUUGGCUUGUCUGGAGAUGGCUCAACCUUCAAUGUAUAUCUGUAUAGAUAUAUAGAUAUCUACAUGUAGAUAUCUAUAUAUAUAUCUACAUAUGUAGAUCUCUCUAGAGAUAACUAUAUUACAUAUGGAUAUAUAGAUAAUGAGCUAUAUAGAUAACUAGGUAUAGAUAUAUAGAAAUCUAUAGAUAUGUACAUAGACACAUCUUUCUUUUCAUUGGGACAUUUUUCCUCAAUAGUAUUUCUUUGUCUCUAGCACUUCCUGUCUGGUCAGGGUAAAUUUUGGGGACUUCACUCUGCUCUCAAGAGAUAAUGUUCUCCAUCUUUGCAACCCCCUUCCUCUCUUUUAGGGGCAUUUGGCAAGAUGAAUUGUCAUGGUGGUGAGGGACUCCAGUGCACACCACCAUGUUUUACUAACAUUGUGGUGAGUGAGGGGCUCCAGUGCACACCACGUUUUACUAACAUUGUCUGUUUUAUAUAUUACUGAUGUGAGCAAAGAAAGCUGCUUGCUUUGUAUAAACUGCUACAGGAUGUAUAAUUUAAAUUCAAAUUCCUGAGUUGGUGUGGAGGCUUUGUUUACUGUUAUUGUUAUUCCUCCUCUCGAUGUUUUUUUUUAACGUGCCUCUGCCACAGCUAAGGCACCAUUUAAAUAGCCAGGCUUGAUACCCUGAGGGUGGAGACAAUUUGUGAAAGAUUCAAAAAGAGGUCCUUUGUCAGUUAUCUAAAUAAACUUGGUUCUUAGUUAUUGGGGUGACUGAUGGAUUCAGCUGAAGAUCAUAGAGGCCUACACCCAAAGCUGAUCAUGUAUUUGGUCUCCUCACUCCCCCCCAGAGAUUAAUUCCAUCUUAACAAACCUUAUUUAUAACGUCUAGUUGUAGAUACAAUUCACUGGGCUCCAUUUCUGCCCAACUGAAAUAAAACAGUAUAAUUUUUCUUUCCCCUCUUGAGUUGGUUCUUGGAAUUAGAGAGCAUUUGUCCUAAGAGAAACUUAACUCAGUGCACAAGAGAGACUCUGGGUGGAAGAAUGAGACACAAGAUGGUGACACCAUCCAAGAUCCUGUGAACAAUUGCUGUUUGACUUAGACCAAAAAUCUGCAAAGGGUUCUUCUCAUUAUCUUCCCCUGGGUCUAAGCACAUGCUCUAGGACAGACUGAUUUGAUUCUGAAAUGAAGUCAGGGCUAUUAGCAAGCCACACAGAUAUUCUGACACUGAAGUCUUUUCUCUGUUCAACCCUACCCACUUAGCUACCUACAUUUUAUGUAUAGCAUGAAUAUGAUGGAGGCACCAUUAGUAUCAAAUUCUGGCAUUUAGGUCUCACUGCCUAUAGGCUGUUUUAAGAUUUUUCUGAGCUAAAUCCUUGUAAUACAAAUUACUCAGUUCUGUUAUUCUCCUUAAGAGUCUCAGAGAUUCCUUGAGAAGAACAACUUAAAGGAUAACACUGUUGAAAGUUGAAGUGAAGACCACAGAUAAAUUUACCAAUCCAACCCAAAGUGAAAGAAACACAACCAUUGAAAAUCCCACUUACUUAGAGGGAAAUUCCUAAUAGAUAGAAUCAGAUAAGAGGCAAAGUAAUCCCAGAAAUGUGAAUUGCAUAGGAAGAUGUAAUGCUGGGCAUUCAACAGAUACUUAAGGGAUAUAUUUGUCAAAAUGGAAAUUGGGAGAUCUAGGUUCCAAAACUAGUUCUGCUACUACUGGGUAAGCCAUGGGGACAAUGGUACUUUGCUUUCCUGAAAGUUCCACUAAGCACUAUUUACCCAUGCUGAAAGAGACUGGAAGAGCAAUCACUUCGCCAUCACCAAAGCCAUUUUCUUAGUCUCAUUUCAAUUCUUUUGCCCUGGAUCCCUCAGGUCAAGUUUCUCUUGAAGGAUGCUUUAGGUAAUACUGAGGGGAAAGUAAUUGGGAUCAACGUGAUUUCUACAGAAACGUUAGUUUGCCUAGCCCUUCUCCCCCACUUCCUACCUGAGACUCUUUGAUUUGAUGAUAUUAUGUCUCUGUUCAUAGAUGGAGACACUUAUUUACCUCUUGAUGUCUUUGGUGGCCUAGGAAGCUGAUCUUCAGCUAUGUAGCUCAGGCCAGGCUAGCCUCGCUCAGCCUGUUCUAGAGAAGCAAUACAGUGGAAAUAGUACUUAUUGGUACUAGAGUCUCAGGAUCUUGAUUCACUUCCUAUCUAUUUUCCUUAACACCUGGUUUUACCUUUGACAGUAUACAUCUCUCUGGGCCUCAGUUUUUGCCUUUCUAAAAUGAAGAGCUUGGUCUAGUUUGCAGCAAAUAAACUUCUAAUAAAAACCUUCCAGAGUGGCUCAUCUCUAAUCCAGAUCAGAAAUAAAAGCCAAAUGGUCCCAGAACCCUUCUGAUGUGUGUGUUGGGUGAGGGGGGGGAAAGGGGUGGUGAAUAACAUGACAAUGACAUAAGAUGAGACAGAUGGAGUCCUGAGCUUCAUUCUUCUUUCUUGCAUGAACUCUUCAUGCUGUGAUUUCUGUCCUGAAUUACCAGGAGCAGAACAAAUGGAUAAAUUUCUCCUCCCACUUGUCCAUCGUUGAUGGAAUGCAAGUCCCAAGUACAUCACUACUGUUCGUUUUUACAUGUUUUUUACCUACUUCCUUGUUAACUCCUCUUCUCUACCCAAACAGGUGUUUUUGUUGUUCAGUCGUGUCUGCCUCUUCAAAAACCCUAUUUGGGCUUUUCCUGGUCAAGAUACUGGAGUGAUUUGUCAUUUCCUUCUCUAGCUCAUUUUACAGAUAAGUGUCUUGCCCAGGGUCCCUCAGCUAGUAAGUGUCUGAGGUCAGAUUUGAACUCAGGAAGAUGAGUUUUCCUUCAGGCCCAUUGUUCUGUGCACUGAUACCACCUUGUAGUCCAAACAAACAUGAACGUUACUCUACUGUGCUACUGUUACAAAAAUAUUUCCAGAUGUAUCCAGCCUCUAGACAACUCCAAAAAGAGUAUCUUUUGCAAUUUGCUAAGUCUCUCUCUAGCAUUUACUGAGGAUGUUAGCAUCUCAAAUACCUUCCAAUUGUGUUUCCAUGCUGUACUUCUUUUCUCUUGUAGUUCCACAGUCUGUGGGAAUAUCCUCCAGCUUCCUUGUGAUUUCAAUGUAGUCUUGACCCUUUUCAGAUCUCCACUGAUCCUUUUGCCCAGGCUCUACCUUCUCUAGAACUCCUCAGUGGGUGGUCCCAACCAAGACAUCCCCUUUUAAGCAUGGUACUUUCUAUGGUGGGUGCUAAGAAGAAUAUGGAUUCUAUUAUUUUUUCUGCUGCAAAGGCAGUCAUCUCCCUCCUGAAACUCUUUUUCAUCUUGGUAUCUACAAGAAACAAGAAUUCUCACUAGCUCUGCGAUAAUCUAGGAACAGUAACCUAGAACAAAAGGGCAGGAGAAGUAGAUUCUGUUCCAUUGCUUCCCAGCUGGCUACAGCAGCCUACACCUCUGAGAGCCUCUAUCAUUGUCUUUAAGGGCAGUCUUCUAAAAAAAAACAGAGGGCAGCAGUUCUCAUUCUUUUUUGUACCAUGAACCCCUUUGGUGAUCUGGUGAAGACUAUGGACUCAUUCUCAGGAUAAUGUUUUUAAAUGAAUAAAAUAAGAUACAUGGAAUUAUAAAGGAAAACGACUAAAAUGAAAUGCAAUUAUCAAAAAGUUUUCUAAACACAAAUUCAUAGACUCCAGAUUAAGAAUCCCUGCCCUAGAUAAAUGGUCAUUAUCAGUCUCAAGACUCUUUUCAUAUGCAGAAAUCCUACACUCAGUCAACAAAAAUUUAUUAAGUGCUUACUGUGUGCUUACAAUGUUGUACCCAGUGCCAAAAUGUUUUGUUUUGUUUUUUAAUUCACAGGGGUGUGUGGGUGGGAAGAAGGGGGAAAAAAGCAACACAAAAGAUGUUGUAUGCAUCAUACUGUAUUUAAAUGGAUAAGUAUUUUUGUUGUGACUUAGAAUGUUUCAGUACUGUGGUUGAUUUCAUUUUGGGAUUCUCUCUUCCCCACCCCCACUUCUUUCUGUUGGACCAAUUGCUCCAUAUUUACAUUGUCCUCAGAUGAGACUUGUUCUUUGACCUAUUGGGACUUAUCUCUACUGUCUGGACCCAAUGGGAAUUCCCCAACAGAUGUACACCUCCUUCUCCCCAUCUCCACUUCCCCCCACAACUUCCCCAGACGUAUUUGUUGAUCAUAGCCAACUAGUGAGUGCCAAUGGAUUGUCCUGAUCCUGAGUUCAAGGGGAAGAAGAAGAUACCCACAUGUUUGAUUAGGGUGCCUUUGAGAAGUAGGGUGCCUUUCCUCAGUCCCAGAUCUUGCUAACUGCAGGAGCCAGACUCCCAGAUUGAAAUUCAUUUUGCUUUUACCUCCACAUGGUGAAGGGUCUAUGUACUAUAUUUGGAUUUAGGACCCAAGUCUGGCAUCUGCCUCUGUCACUUGCCAGCUAUGUGACUUUAGACAAGCUAAUGGGCCUCAAUUCCUCCUCUGUUGGAUGAAGAGGUUGCAUGAAAUGACCUCUCAGGUCUUUCUCCAUCUCCGAAUCAAUGAUUCUAUAAUCCUUGAUUGCUACAAGCCUGGGUGCCAGACUUCACCCCAGUGCCCAAGUUCAAUCUAUUUGGUGGUACCACCAGGAACAAGAAAGAAAGCUCUUCUGGACCAGCUGCUAUCCAGGCCUCUCCACAACUCCUUCUAGACCUAUCAUGAUCAGACCCCCUCCUCCUGGCAACUUCCCAUUUUCGGAAGGAUUCAAUACGCUUUAGGUUUCUGAUUCAAACACCAAUUUCAGGAAUUGUAAUGGGAAAUAUUUUGCAGUACAGGUUCCAAAUAUCUUGCAUAUAUCUCCAUGUACAUAUAAAUAAUCAUACCCACGUAUACAUAUAUAUGUUGCAUUAUAUAUAUGUAUAUACAUGUAAAGCAUGAUAUUUCUUUGUGCAAUUCAAGUUUUUUAAGGUCUAGAAGACAUUGCUUUUGGAAACUUUUUCUUCCUUUCCCUCUUUUCUAUGUAAUAAACAUUCAUGUGACCUUU